AUGGAUCCCUCGUGUCUCGAAUUGUCACUCCCUGACUCUGAACUAGCUGACGCUUUCGACCUCGCGUCGAAAUUGUCAGCGCAAAGGGCAAUUUCUCCGUCUCCGUUUGCUUGGAAGCUGAAGAGGAUGUUCAAUUAUGGAAGCGAAAGGAAACUGAAAGAAGCUAUCAAAAUGGUGGAUUCAUUAGCCGAGGGAGUUAUAAAACAAAAGAGGCAACAAAAUGGAACAACAUUUUCAGCUCAAAACGACCUUUUGUCGAGAUUCAUGAGCAACAUUGAUGAUGACAAGUAUUUGAGAGACAUUGUGGAUCAAGAAGACAGAGGAGAAGAAACAGCAGCCAUGGAUGUCGAUUCACAGCCAACCAUGGAGGAAACAAUUCUGGUGGGUGAAGACUUGAUGUUGGGGCCACCCUCACCAAUCAUUCCCCCAGAAAUUGCUUCUCAUGUGCUUGAAGGUGUAGACUUAUGUGAUGGAAUUCUGAGGAACCUAUUCCUGUGCUUACAGAUAAAGGAUAUUGAACCUUUCUGUCAAGAUGAGAUUGCUCUCUACCGGGAAUGUGCAGAGAGAAGGGACAAAGAACUUAGGAAACGAUUGCAAGACAGUGAGAGCAAACUAGGGAUGUCAAUGCCGUUAAAAGAAGUAACAGAAAGAGCUACCCAACUCGAAUCGGAAGUAACUUCAUUGGAAAGGCGCUUGAUUUUGGCUAGUGGAGUGGAAGGCAUCGAAGGGUUUCGGCAGAGAUGGAGUCUACACGGUCGCCUUACAGAUACCAAGUAA